GGCGACUCCGAAUCGUGUUUUUCUCUCCCACGAGGAGAGCUCGCGGCUUCUCUUUUGAGCCUGGUGUCGGGAGAUUCAAUGAAAAAUGUUGUCAAGGCGGCGAUUGUACCUCGUCUUGGCGCAUAAAUGGAUUCGAAGGCGAAACUACCUUUCACGGCGGUCCCUCUCGUCCAAGACUCAAAAAGACGCAAAAGUACGGGAGAGAUGGAAACCCACCGUGGGAUUAGAGGUCCACGCUCAGAUCGCCACGGAAUCGAAACUGUUCUCCGACGCGCUCACCAAAUACGCCAGCCCGGUUAAUUCGUGCGUCUCGUUCUUCGACUGCGCCACGCCGGGAACGCUGCCCGUGUUGAACAGGAGAUGCGUGGAAUCGGCGGUGACGACCGCCCUGGCGCUGUCCUGCCGACUGAACGAGACCUCCUUGUUCGAAAGGAAACACUACUUCUACGCGGAUCUGCCUGCGGGCUUUCAAAUCACUCAACGGGAGCGUCCCAUCGCGGUCGAUGGCGAAGUUAAGUUUCACGUGUUCACCCCGGGGCUGCACAAGUACCCGUACCUCAAGUCCUCCAGAAUCAAGCAGAUCCAAUUGGAGCAAGACAGCGGCAGGAGCUUGCACAAUGAAGAUUCGGCAAGAUGCCUGAUCGAUCUUAAUCGCGCCGGAAUGCCCUUGAUGGAAUUCGUGUUUGAGCCGGAUUUGGUCGACGGCGAGGAAGCGGCCGCGCUCGUCAAGGAGCUCGCAUUUACCUUGCAGUUACUGGGUGUUUGCAGCGGCAAAAUGGAAGAAGGUGCACUUCGCGUGGACGCCAACGUUUCCGUGAGCGACUGCGACGAUUUAGGCGUACGAACGGAAAUAAAAAAUAUUGGAAGCGUGCGUGCUGUCGCUGCGGCUGUUCAGUACGAGAUAAACAGGCACAUUUCUGUCCUCGAGGCCGGUGACGAGAUGUUCAACGAGACUCGCGCGUGGGACGCGGCGAACAAGAUAACUAUCCCUAUGCGCGAGAAAGAAGACAAAGAAGAUUACCGAUUUAUGCCUGAAACAAAUUUGCCACCUUUAUGCAUACAUCUCAGAGAAGAUUUACCGAAUGCAAGCAAUUUGGUCGACGCUGUAGUACUGCGAAGACAACUACCCGAGUUACCGGAACAGAUACGUCGGAGAUUAAAGGAUGUUCUCCGGAUAUCUCCUGAAAUAAUCGUGGCUCUAAUGAGUGACUUUACAUUGUUGGAAUUAUUUAAUGGAAUAAGAAAAAAAGAGAAUCGCGAGCCGCAAUUGAUUGCGAAGUUUCUCGUCAGGGAUCUGUUGACUUUUGUCAAUAAAAAUAAUUUAACGAUCGAAUUUUGUAUACCACAUGAAGAUUUUAUUGGUCAAAUAAUCGAUUUGUUACAAGAGAAAUCAAUUAAUUUAAUAACGGCAAAGAGGGUUCUGAAGGAGUUAAUAACCAAUCCGAAUAAACGACCAAAAGAGAUCGUUGAAGAGCACGAUUUGUUCCUGAUAUCAGAUGAGAAACAGCUAGAACAGAUGUGUCUGGAAAUUAUAGAGGAAAAUCCGAAACUUGUAUCAGGAUAUAAAAGUGGCAAGAAAAAAUUAUUUAACGCAUUAAUGGGAAAAGCGGCAAAGGUUACAGAACAAUGCGCAGAUUUGGCUGCAGUUGCAAAAAUUAUGGAACGAUUACUGAAAUCGUGAUAAAUGAUUAUUGCAGAAACGAUAAACCUACUAACGAAUUAGUAUUGUGACACUGUACGAUAUACCGUAAAUAAAACAAUAAUUUGAGUAAACAACAAACC